AUGACGAAAAUAAUACGCUUCGCCUGCAAUGUCCUUCCAUUCCUCGCCUUCACGGGCAAAGUCAGUGCAGAGAAUAACGAUCCAGGUCUAUUCGACCCGUUUCCCGACUGGCGCAUCGAGUAUCAAUCAUUGAUGCACCCCCCUCUUGGAGAAACCCCUGUUAUCUGGCUGGCAGCACAAAGUGUCUUGGUCGAGUUGUUGGGUGCAUUCGAACCCUUAGACUAUGGACUUUGGCCCGAUAUAAACCCCAUCGGCAAGUUACCAGGAGAAAAAGCAGGCGAGUACCUGGCUGCCCUUUUGGUUCCUGAAGAUGAAGUCAAAUCUUUCAUCCGCCAUCCAAAGAACAGCAGCUUAGUCUCCCCAGCUCUUGUCUGUACAGAGAUUAUUGAGUCAUCGAUAACGAAGAUGGAGAAGGUUCCUCAGACGAGUGAUGUGCUCGAGUUCGGCGCAAGCUACAUCUUCGGAAAUGGUUUCGUUGUCGGAUUCUCAAAAUCGGUCUGCAAAGCCCUGAACCCUGAGAUGGUUAAGAAGAUGAAGAAGAAGAUGAAAAAGAAGAAGAAGAAGAAGAAGGCUAGGAUCGAUGAAAAAAAACUCAAUACAGCACUCAAUGCUGGAUUCAAUAAACUUACUAACGCGCUUUUGACCGGCUUGGGUACUGAUGCAGUGGACACAGUUCAGUUCGUAUCUCAAUUGGAAGCACGCCUCCGAUACGUCGACCACUCUCAAAAUCUGGAAAGAACUUUUGGACGUCUAUUGAGCGACUUGACGUCUCAAACAACGCAAUUUGCCUCAAUUGCAGCUCACCAGCCUAACGCGACGAAAUCACUGAGGGAAUUCAAUAAGCUGAGCUGCAACGCUUUGUCGCGACUGCCGCACAGAGACGCGAGGAUCAAUCUCGCACAAUGGCACGAGACCGAGAAUGCGACCGCUAUGGUGGGAAUGUUUGCCGAGAUUUCUAUUAAAUCCCUGGAGUUUGCAACGCCCAUCGGUGGUAAAAUUAAAGAGGCUGCACAAAGCGCGAUAAUAUCAAUGUCAAAGGUACUUAGAGAGUUUGGAACAGUACCAUACAGUUACUUGAAUGGGAGAUCCCUGAAGGACUCAGAGCCAAGGGUUCAGUUGAGGAAGAGAAAGCACAAUGUAGCUGUGACCAUGCACGAGUCGUCAAGUUCACUACCUCCUGUAUCGUCUACUAGCUCUUAUUUUGGGGCUCAGAUGGCAUCACAUCCAAGUACCAGCAUGGAAAGUGCCACAUUCAAAACCACCAUUGCGAAUUCUAGGAAUUCCCAGCCAUCUUUCACAGCCACCAUGAGCCCUCAAGACAAAGAGGCACAACCCACACGCAGCCUCGACACUCAAGAGGUAGCACCCACACCCACUGUCCCCACCACCUUUGCGAAGCGACCACCCUUCCUCCUCAACUUCUGGCACCCCCACCCCUUCCUCGACAAACACCCCACCCGCACCGUCAUCGCCACGCAGUCCCCACUCGGCGAAGUCAUGCCCACACCCCUCAAUCCCGCACAGCUCGCCCCAGGCAUCCGGCGUCCUGGCCUUAGCAUCGCUAGAAGCAUAUCAACCGUAACCGCACUGCCUACCAUUGCGAGAACCAUUCCGAGGUUGGAAUUGGUGAUGACAAGGGUGACGACGACGGUAAAGAAGAUUGAGUGGCAGACCAAGACGGAAACGGAGUAUCACUAUGUUUCACGGCGCGAUCAGUAA